AUGAAGAGAAUGUUGACUACUGCUCUAGUGUUAGCCAUCCCAGAUACAACCAAGACCUUUGAGGUAUACUAUGAUGCUUCAUAUCAAGGUUUGGGUUGCGUACUAAUGGAAGAGAAGCAGCAUGUGGCUUAUACGUAUCAACAGUUAAAGGUGCAUGAGAAGAAUUACCUAACUCAUGACCUUGAGUUAGCUGCGUUGGUGUUUGCCCUUAAAACCUGGAGACACUACUUGUACGACGCGCAGUUCCAAAAGGAACUAAAUAUGCGACAGAGGCGAUGGAUGGAGUACCUUAAGGACUACGACUUUGAGCUAUUAUACCAUCCUAGUAAAGCUAACAUUGUAGUGGAUGCCUUGAGCCGAAAACGAGUACAUAUUUCCUCUAUGAUGGUAAAGGAACUAGAGUUGAUAGAGAAGCUUCGAGAUAUGAACCUGGAACUACAUAUAGGUUUUGACCAUAUCCGGUAUGGCAUGUUGAAGGUUACUAAUAAGUUUCUUGAUGAGAUCCGGGUGGAACAAGGGAAGGAUCAAGAAUUACAACAGACCAUUAGAUGGCUUGGCACAGAAAAAGGUAAAGACUACAAGAUGGGGGCAGAUGGUCUCCUUCGUUACAAGAACAAGGUGUGUGUUCCAUGGGGACUAAGAUGUGGCAAACUUUGUAGCAUCUUGCCUAGUAUGUCAAAAGGUGAAGAUACGACACAAGAGCUCAGGAGGCAAGCUGGAACCGUUAGAAAUCCCUCAGUGGAAGUGAAAUUGUCAAUGGAUAGAUUGGCAAAGCUAUAUGUUAAAGAAAUGGUCAGAUUACAUGGGGUACCAACGAGCAUAGUGUUAGACAGGGAUCCGAGUUGGAGUGAGAUGCUUCCUUUGGUGAAGUUUACUUACAACAACAGUUAUCACUCUAGCAUCGAAAUGGCACCUUAUGAAGCAUUGUAUGGGAGAAGAUGUAGGACUCUAUUGUGCUCGAAUCAGGAUGGUGAAUUUGUGGUGUUUAGUCCUGAGUUUUUACAAAUGACCACUGACAAACCGAGGAAGCUGACUCCAAGAUUCAUUGAGUUGUAUCAGAUUACUCAGAGGACUGGCCCAGUGGCCUAUGAGAUUGCAUUACCACCACAUUUGGCGAACUUGCACAAUGUCUUCCGCGUGUCACAGUUGAGGAAGUACAUUGCAAGUUCCUCUAAUGUGUUGGAAGCAAACGAUAUCCAGGUUCGAGAGGAUCUGAUGGUAGAUGCUGGACCAAUGAGGAUCUUGGACUCGUAG